AAAAGGGAAGAGCGACUGUUGUUUAAACAGGAAGGAAUCACGGAAGAAAGCCAGGAAUGCGCUGUUUGAUAGGAUACUGCGUUUAACUGCGGUUUACGCAUGUGAUAGUUCGCCUUGUGUGUGAAGAGGACGGCGGCGCUUCAUGUCUGCUGGCAUAACUGACUUCUGAACCUUGAAGUGAGGGAGACAUCGUGGAGCAGACCGAGGGCUAAGAUAUCAAGACUGGCUGGCUGGGAUGCUGUAUGGCCGUCCUGUAUGCGCAAGGAUUUUGCUCUCCUUCAUGUUGAUCACUGAUGAUUGGUUUUAAGAACCAUGGAGAGGAGCACGGGUGAAUGAAUGCUAAAAUCAGAUGUACAACUUCAGGGUUUCCAUUUUGUAUAUUACCGGUGGUAAAGUGAUAUGACGUAAACAGGCAAGUACAUCAACAACAUUUAUCGGUGUAAUGUAAUGGUCUUUAGGCUUACCGCUUACCGACACAUGGUUUCGAAUGAGACCUACAGCCACUGAGACGACGGCAGAUCUGGUCAUUAGGCGGCAGCUGUUCAUGUGGUCAAGGGACACGCGACAGAUGUUUGCAAUGCUGUAAUGCUGGCCGUUAACAAACUUGUCAGAUAGCUGCGUACCUUUCAAUUAAUCAAAGAUUGUGCGUGUGUUGUGGAUGUAUUUUCUUUUUUAUUAUUUUGCACGUCAUUAUAGCUAGCCUACACUGGAUUUUAUUUAUCAGGCUAUUUAUUUAUUUAUUUCAAUAUAUACUGGCGAUAGAGCGCGCAACAUGUAUUUCCUGUCAGUGCUACUGUCGGAGAAAAUCUGAUGGCAGCAUAGCGCGACUGAAAGCGUCAAAAGAAGGCAAGAUCAAUAGUUUACUCAAGGGAUGAAAGGGUAAAUACAUUGAUUCAUACAAUCCCAUGCAACUCUUGCACUGGAAAAAAGGGUGUAGUUAAUUUGGUGCACAUUCUUCUAUACAUUCUUCUAUCUUUUUGUCACGGGUGUAGACUGGUUGUUGUGGUGUGCAAGCACAUCUAUUUUUCCUCUUACGUGAGGUGUCAUACUCUUAAGAGCAACAUCCAUUAAAUGGCAAUGUCUUCCUUCAUAUGUGAGGGAUUCACCAUGGAAACCCCGAGUGUGCGAUGGUGGCGACCUCAGUGGAUUGGAGGCGGUGUGAUAGAGAUGACAGUGUAAACAACGCUGUUUCAUGGAGUAUAGGUUUUUUACCGGCGGCUUUUUUUUUACUUUGGCUGCGUUUUAUGCGUUUUUGAACGUCUUAGAAUUGCCACCAUUUAGAGUAUUCAGUUCUCGUUUGUGACCAGAUUGGAUAUUUAUUAGACACCAUGAAUGCGUCCGAGAUCUCCUCCGCUCACAACCUGUUAAACGGGUCUCAUGAAAAGGUAUUUUAAGUACUGAAACACCAGCCACGCUGCAUCACUGUGCAACGUUGAUGGACAGUACUAGCGUUACACCGGUUCUAAAAUGAAUCAAAAUAUGUAAUUAAGAUCCAUUUUAGAAUGAUAGGCUUGACAAUCAAAAGAUUCACUGGAUCCAGUACAUUCUCAGGAAGGUAUAAUGUGGACAGGCCAGCACAAUGUGUUUGUAAAGAGCCUACCCACAAGCACAAGGUGUAAAAUCCACUUGCACGGCAGCAGGUGGGUUUACAUACAUUGACUUUGACUUCAGAGGAAGACGAAGAACAGGAAUCGGGUCGCCGCAAUGCCUCGGAACCGGGCCUUCUCUGAGCCGGAGUACUCGGCGUACUCCGCCGACUGCUCUGUGACUCUGCCCUCGGACCCGGGCCAGGCAGUGGGCAGGACACACGAGGUGACGGUGCGCAGCUCGGGCUGCUGCCUGUGCCUGCCACGUUUCAUGCGGUUGACCUUUGCCCCUGAGUCGCUGGAGAACCUCUAUCAGACCUACUUCCGGCGGCAGCGGCACGACACGCUGCUCGUGCUGGUGGCCUUCGCCGCCUUCUUCGACUGCUACGUCAUCGUCAUGUGCGCCAUAGUCUACAACGUGGACAAGCUGGCCUCCAUCGCCGUGGCGACGGUGGGGCUGGUGGCCGACGUGGCUCUCUGCCUGCUGUGCCGCUUCGGGUUGCUGCCCGAGCGCGUCUCCCGGCGCCUGGUGCCCUAUGCCCUCUGGGUGCUCAUCGCCGCCCAGAUCUUCUGCUACCUGGGCCUGAACUUUGCUCGCUUCCACCAGGCCAGCGACACGGUGGGCUGGCAGGCCUUCUUCAGCUUCUCCAGCUUCCUGACACUGCCCAUGCGCCUCACGCCCAUCGUGCUGGUCACCGCCGUGUCCUGCGGCGUCCACACACUCGUGCUGGGUGUUACCAUAGCACAGCAGCAGCAGGAGGACAUCCAGGGGGGAGAGCUCGGACGACAGCUCCUGGCCAAUGUAGUGAUCUACCUAUGUGCCAUCUGUGUGGGGGUGAUGUCGUAUUACAUGGCCGACCGUAAGCAUCGCAAGGCCUUCCUGGAGGCACGGCAGUCCCUGGAGGUCAAACUGAACCUGGAGGAGCAGAGCCAACAACAGGAGCGGCUGCUGCUGUCCAUUCUGCCAAAGCACAUAGCAGACGAGAUGCUGCAGGACAUGAAGAAGGAGCCCAGUCAGAAGGAGAUGCAGCAGUUCAACACCAUGUACAUGUACCGCCACGAGAACGUCAGUAUUCUGUUUGCAGACAUCGUUGGCUUCACCCAGCUCUCAUCGUCCUGCAGUGCCCAGGAGCUGGUCAAGCUGCUUAAUGAACUGUUUGCGCGCUUUGACAAGUUGGCCGCGAAAUACCACCAGCUGAGAAUUAAAAUCCUUGGUGACUGUUACUACUGCAUCUGUGGGCUCCCAGAUUACCGUGACGACCAUGCUGCCUGCUCCAUCAUGAUGGGCUUGGCUAUGGUGGAGGCCAUUUCGUACGUGCGUGAGAAGACACAGACAGACGUGGACAUGCGCGUGGGGGUCCACUCGGGGACGGUGCUGGGUGGUGUCCUGGGGCAAAAGCGCUGGCAGUAUGACGUCUGGUCGACGGACGUCACGGUGGCCAACAAGAUGGAGGCCGGAGGAAUACCAGGGCGCGUGCACAUCUCCCAGAGCACCCUGGAGUGUCUGCACGGUGAGUUCGACGUGGAGCCAGGCAACGGCGGCGACCGCUGCGAGUACCUGAAGGAGCGCGGCAUCGAGACCUACCUGGUAGUGGUACCCAAAGGGCCACUGGGCAAGAACGGCAUCAACGGAGUGAAACUAUCCGUCACAUCGUCUAAUGGCAACUCUCCGCUGCUGAUUAACACCACGGAGUGCAACGGCAGCGUUAACACCACCUGCACCACACCGGAGGAGCCAGAGGAGCUGGACACAAAGGUGGUUAACCCGUCGUUCCCCAACCCUCGGCGGCGUCUGCGUCUGCGGGACCUGGCAGAGAGAGUGAUCGACGCCCAGGAGAACGAACAGGAGCUCAACAAGCUCCUCAACGAGGCUCUGCUGGAGAGAGAGACAGUCCAGGCUCUGAAGGGGAAGUACACCAACCGGCUGUCUCUGCGCUUCACCGACCCAGAGCUGGAGACGCGCUUCUCCGUGGAGAAAGAGAAGCAGAGUGGCGCCGCCUUCAGCUGCUCCUGCGUCGUGCUGCUCUUCACCGCCGUCGUGGAGGCCCUCAUCGACCCCGCGUUGAUAGCAAACUACGUGACUCUGGUUGUAGGUGAGGUCCUGCUGCUCAUCCUCACCAUCUGCUCUCUGGCGGCCAUUUUCCCACGAGUAUUCCCUAAGAGGCUGGUGUCCUUCUCCACAUGGAUCGAUCACACACGAUGGGCGCGCAACACGUGGGCCAUGGCAGCCAUCUUUAUUCUCACUUUGGCAGACAUUGUGGAUAUGCUCAGCUGUCUGCCAUCUCCCAGGAACAGCUCCACCACGGCAGUGUCCGCCCCUGGUCCUGGUCCACCCCCCGCACUGGCCCCAGGGGCGGGGACCUGCCGGGAGAACCCCAAGUACUACAGCUUCAUCGCCGUGUUGGCGCUCAUCGCCACCACCAUGCUGGUGCAGGUCAGCCACAUGGUCAAGCUCACGCUCAUGCUGCUCAUCACCGCGGCCACCGGCGUGGUCAACAUCUACGGCUGGAGCGACAUCUUCGAUCAGUACGACAAGGCCCGCUUCAAGGAGUACAGCUUUGAGCAGGUACCGUCCAAGUACAAUAUGACUGUGAUGAUCUUCAUCAUGAUGGUCAGCUUCUACUGCUUUGCCCGACACGUGGAGAAGCUGGCACGCACGCUGUUCCUGUGGAAGAUCGAGGUGCACGAGCAGAAGGAGAAGGUGUACGAGAUGCGGCGCUGGAAUGAGGCCCUCGUCACCAACAUGCUGCCCGAGCACGUGGCCCGACACUUCCUGGGCUCCAAGAAGAGAGAUGAGGAGCUGUAUAGUCAGUCUUAUGAUGAGAUUGGCGUUAUGUUCGCCUCCAUCCCCAACUUCUCAGACUUCUACACAGAGGAGAGCAUCAACAAUGGAGGCAUCGAGUGUCUGAGGUUCCUCAAUGAAAUCAUCUCAGACUUUGACAGUCUUCUAGAUGAGACCCAAUUUCGCUGUAUCACCAAGAUUAAAACCAUUGGCAGCACCUACAUGGCAGCAUCAGGAGUCAUUCCAGACAACACUAGCAAUGGUUACGCCUGCAUGAAGAAGGAGGAGCUCACAGACAGAGAACGCUGGCAACACCUGGCAGAUCUGGCUGACUUUGCCUUGGCUAUGAAGGUCACACUCAUGAACAUCAACUACCAGUCCUUCAACAACUUCAUGCUCAGAAUCGGGCUUAAUAAAGGGGGAGUGCUAGCAGGCGUUAUUGGGGCGCGCAAGCCUCACUACGACAUCUGGGGGAACACUGUGAACGUGGCCAGCCGCAUGGAGUCGACGGGAGUCAUGGGGAACAUACAGGUGGUGGAAGACUGUUACAUCAUAUUGAAGGAGUAUGGCUUCCGGUUUGUCAGGAGGGGGCCCAUUUUUGUGAAGGGGAAGGGAGAGCUUCUCACCUACUUCCUCAAGGGACGGGAAAAACAGGGUUCCUUCAUCAAUGGCUCCUCUGUAACACUGCCACAUCAAGUGGUGGACAGCUCAUGACCCACUCGUGUACACCCAAACACACACACACACACAUGCACAGACACAUACAAAUGCACACUACCCUACCAACAUUUAUUAAACAGUACAGUUGGGGCACUGCUGACAUUCCAUCUCAUAGGUUAUGUAUAUAAACAUGCAGGUGGACUAAUUAACAUAUACACGUGGAAGGAAUAUGAGAGAAUCCUCUAAGAAUCUGUCAGACAGUGCAGUCAGUCACUGGCUAAUGUAGCGAGACUACUGAUAAAAAAAACACAGCUUAUACAUUUCCCAGUUACUUGCUAGUCUCAACUCAAAACCACACUUGCAUAACAUGUUUGCCACAGUUUUGUACAUACACAUCACUUGAUUUCUUUUUCAUGAAUUAAUAUAUGAAAUGCACACUACAACACAAAACACUCUGCUUUUACAAGUAACACUUGAAGCCUCACAUCUACUGAUUGAUGAAUUAAAUGCCUACCUGUCAUUCAUUUGGGGUACUACCCCAGAGGGGAUCCACUGACGGAAAAAAAAUGUUUUUUAGGAUUUGCUUUGAAAAUGGGAAGUUGUUGAAAACCCUGAUGAGAAUUUUUCACUGACCGCUUGAUCUGCCUGGAGUGGACCUGUGUGUGCCUGUGUGUGUGUGUGUGUGUGUGUGUGUGUGUGUGUGUGUGUGAUGUAGAUACAUGCAUGGAGAUGUGUCUGCUCCAAACCACUCUCUCUCUCUCUCCCUCUCUCUCCACCUGUAUAAUGUACUACACCCUUUACUCUAAUUCCAAUUCUGGAACUCCAUGUCAUGUUCCAGGUGUGCCAAACUAAAAGCAUUAUGUGUUUACAGAAUGGUAAUGUGUGUGUGUGUGCGUGUGUGUGUGUGUGUGUGUGUGUGUGUGUGUGCGUGCGUGCAUAAGAGUAUUUAUGGGCAGUAUGUUAGCCAUAUGCCAGAGGCGUGCAGUAAUAUUGACGUUUGUAUCUCUUAGUUCUGACUAGGCUCCCCUCAGUCCAGCCCAAACUGCUGAAUGAAUGUGCAAUAGUUUAUUCUUUUACGCCAUCUUCUUCCCUUCUACGCCCUGCCUUCUUAAUUAUAUCCCCUCUAAGCCCUAUUUUUAUAUUAUAGAUGUGUGUGACCCUUCAACUUGAAAAUGUUGUAGGCCCUAUCAGAGAGUAUAUACAUUCAAAUGCAGAUGAGAUUACUGUUGAAUGGGCCGUUUAAUUUAUUACUGGGAUGAGUGUUUGUUAACAGACAGAUCGCGUUAAUAGAAGUCUAAACAAUGAAAUGGCAUAUGAAGGUAUAGCAUUGGCCAAAGUUUUUGUUUUUCUGGGUCAAUGCAGAACUUUGUUUGUUUGUCAUUUGUUUUUCGUUUGUUUGUUUUCUUUCUUUCUUUUGUAUUUUUAAAGACCCUCUGUCAAAAUAAAUGGCACUUUGAGUGAUCUGUUAACAACCCUAUGUGUUUCCAUUGGUUUGCAAUCCUUUGUCAUUCAUUUGAAUUAAUUGUACUCUAAGGUUCAUUGAAUUAAACAAAAUAAUAUGAGUA